AUGGAAGCUUCUCCCUCUUCACAGCAAUCCAAUGUCACUUCAUAUGGGGCCACAACUGUGGCCAUCAUCACCCUGGAGGUGUUUGCUGGCAUGUGGAUAAAUGCUUUCAUCAUCUGUGUGCUUUGUGUUGCCGGAGUCAAAAAGAAAACCCUGAACUCUAAUGAGAAGAUCUUGCUGCUGCUGGGAUGCUCUAGGUUUUGCUGUUUGUGCUUCUCAUGGAUAUAUGCCUUUCUCUCAAAUGUUUUCCCCUAUUGCCUUCUGGUUUAUCCCAUACUUCAACUCCUUCAAGGUUCUUACAGCUUUUUUAAUAGUUCCAACUUGUGGUUUUCUGCCUGUCUUUGUGUUUUUUAUUGUAUAAAAAUUGCCAAUUUCAGGAACAGGUUCUUCAUCUACCUGAAAGUAAAAAUUGACAGGAUGGUGCCCUGGCUCUUGUUGGGGUCAGAGAUUUUAGCCUUGGCAAUGGGCAUUGUUAUAUAUGACAUCACUAAAACUCUGCAGAGUAGCAACCUCACUUUCACCUCCAAAGGAAAUUUUUGGGAAGCAAGAUUCACAAUGGAUAAACAUUUCUUCUCAUCUUUUUUUCUUGUUGGCUUUGGAUAUGCUGCUUCAUUCAUGGCAGUCAUCUUUUCUGCUGUUUUCCUUCUCUUUUCUCUCUGGAGACACAAGCACAACAUGCAGACAAACUCCAUGAAGGACCUCAGCAUGGAUGCCCACAUCAGAGCCAUGAAAUCUAUUCUCUCCUUCUUAGUGAUGUACAGCAUCAACUUUGUAUGUUUGAUCUUGACACUAAUUUAUUCCAUGAGGAAUGAAAAUACCAUGACACUUCUUAUAUCCAUAUAUCUGUGUGCUUAUCCAGGUAUUCAUUCCCUUAUUCUGAUUUUCAGCAAUCCCAAGCUGGAAAAGGCACUGUUGAAGAUUCUCUCCUGUGUGAAGUGCAAGUUUUUCAUAAAGUAG